CUUUCAGGUCUGUGGAGAAUUGAUGAGCUGUUCGUGGUUUUCAUUGGCUGUUUGGCCUGAUUGGCGUCCCGUGCUAGGAAUUUGAUGUCCGUGUCACAGGGGGUCGAGUUGAUGUCGACAUAAUAAUUCCCCAUACCCGGACCCGAGAGAGUCUGCGGCCAUUACGGAAUAGUAUACACCAGGGUUUUUUCCCUUCUGAAGUAAUCUACAAGCUGGUAUAUGAAGCAUUAGUUCAGCAGUUUUUGAGGCAGUGAAGUUUUGUCCAAGGGGCUAGCGAAGCGAUUUGCCGAUUGUGCCAUUUUGGGUAAUCGCGCUUGAAUGAGGCACACGGACUCGACAGGUUUGACUGGCAACAUGGCGGAGAUUUCCUCCAUGAGCACAGUAGACAUGAACGCGACAAAUAUGGCCAAUUCGGCGGUGUUUCCACCCGGCUCCACACAGCAGAUUUUCAACAACUGGAUGGCUUACUGGCCGCAGAUACAGCAGCAGCAACAGCAACAGCAUCAGCAAGAUCAGCAAGGAAACACCGUGCCGACUGGAUCUAAAGGCGGGCAUCAUCACGGGCUUCCUAACGGGCUGAACUCGGCAGCCGACCAACUCGGUUUGUCCGGAACCUGGUCCGAGAAAUACAUCCAAGAGAAUCCAGAUCUCUCAAGUCAGUUGUCAGACUUCUUGAUGAUGCAGAAUGGGGAGCAUCCAUACAUCCAGAACAACACGGCAAGACACUCACAGAGACUGGAGGAGGUGGCUAACUUCGCCUUCAGAAACAAUAAGAAUCAAAUCACAAGCCCACUGCAAUCUAUGAAGACGAUGAUGACCUCCCCAUACGGCAGUAUCGGUGACAUAGCUGACCAGUUCAGCGAUCUGUCCCUCUCGCCAAUUGAUCGUAAGAUGGGAAGAAGACCGCCCCCAACCUAUCUCUGCCACCUGUGCUUCAACAAAGGACACUACAUCAAAGACUGCCCACAGGUAUGCAUUGAUGCUCGUCCAAAGGGUGAAGGACUGACACCCUACCAGGGCAAGAAGAGAUGCUUCGGAGAGUACAAGUGCCCCAAGUGCAAGAGAAAAUGGAUGAGCGGCAACAGCUGGGCCAACAUGGGCCAGGAGUGCAUCAAGUGCCAUAUCAAUGUCUACCCACACAAGCAGCGCCCUCUGGAGAAACCAGACGGCUUGGACGUCUCUGACCAAAGCAAGGAGCACCCUCAGCAUCUGUGUGAGAAGUGCAAGGCACUGGGAUACUACUGCCGUCGUGUCCAGUAGGUUUGAACCUACCCCCACCCCAACCCACCCGACACCACUCCUAUGUUGUAGUCGAAUCUAUCACAAGUCCAAUCAAAAGUCAAUCACAAAGUCCUUUCAGUUUCACAAGUCCAGUCACAAGUAAAGGGAUGAACAAUAACAAAGGAAUGUGCUUUUGGUCACAGUUCAUUUGAGUAGCUUGUAACUUGAUAUGAUAUCGGAUGGCUUCGUUAUGGACUUGUGAUGGAAUCAACUACACCACUGCCCAUCCCCCACCAAGACCGAAGUUAUGAUAGUCGCUUAUCCUUAGUUGUAGAGAAAGAAGACCUCAAAUGUCAAUCAUAAUUCAUCAAGUCUCCAGCUGAUCAAAUGAACUGUGAUGGUGGCUUUUGAUCCUGCCUCAUUGUUAAUCCGGCCACUUGAGACCCAAGGAUUUGACUUCCGAUGGACUGAUACAAUUGAAAUCCACUUCAAUUAAAACUGAGAGUAUUUUUGUGUGACGAUAUCCACGAAGAGAGUCAUAUUGGUCUCAGAAUCAUGAUUGUACUGCCCUAAUUGAUUCCAAGAUAAAAAAAAAACACAUUGCCCAAACAGAUCAUGGUCAGUAAUUGAAAGGUUUUCAAGCUUUUUUUACGGAAUUCAUAUAGACUAGCUGGAGAAAGAGGAUUUGGAGCAUGGUUUUUGAUGGUAGAAGUUUCUGUUGCAUUGUAUCUUGAAGGUUCUGGGUGUUGGAAUUUGGAAAUUGGAUAUUUGGAUUUUUCUCUACGUCAAUUGUCAUUUCUUUUCUUCAAAGAAACUUAAUUCUACUAAAGUCUUACGAAAUGUGAAAAGUUCGGAUUAACGGCUUUCAGAAUUGUGCCGAACGAAAUUGGGGUUAAUCUUCUGAAAAUGCUGUCUUCCAAAAUCCAGAUCGAUUAAGGGAAACAAUGCUUUGUUCCUUUUGAGUUUGGCAGUUGGAAUUAACACCUAUUGCUCAUAAAUCAUUAAUUAAAAAAUACCAGCAGAUGAUCACUACCGGUAGAAAUAUAUUUUAAAAGCAUUAACUCAUCUUACAGUAGCUCAUACUUAAUUUAAAAAAAAUUGAAUUAACCAGGCAAUAUUUGUUUUAAAAAAGAUAUAACGAGAAACAUCUUUUUCUUUCUUUUUUGUUGUGUGGUGCUGCCUUGCGUCUUGCCUUGUGUAUAUAGGUGUGUAUAUAUUGCCCCUUGCAUUAGACCGAUGCUAGACAUUUCUCAAAAUAUGCUCAUUCUCACAAUGGUGGCAACAUGUGUGCUGUCCCAUUAACGAAAAAACAAUUAAUAUGUCGAUUAAACAGUGCUACUUUUUUUUAUGAUUUGGCAAACUUGAUUUAAUGAUUAGAUUUUUUUUUAAGAUUUGAAUUUACAUUUGUAUGUUGGUAGUUGUAGAUUAGAUGAUGUUUCUUAACACUGUACUCUUAUACCCUUUUUUUUUUCUCCGAGAGAGUUAUGUUCAGAUGAGCUUUUAAUCUUAUAUUUUUAAGAUGUAACAGGGACAAUGACGGGAAAAAUUAUGAAACGUUUAGAAGUAUUGAACAAUUGUAUCCCCACGCACCUGUCAAGUAACAAAAUUGAACUUAUUACGAAAUUGCUGAUCACAAAUGUCUGGUUAGCUCAAAAAAUUAUUGUUACAUGUACCAUCAUUGACAUAACUUGAUAAAAGUUCAUGUAAAACCUGUAGAAGUUCAAAAAAAAUCUAUCAAAAUUGAAAAGGGGGUGGCUAGUGCGUAAUGUGUUCGCCUCUCACCACUGUGUCCCGGGUUCGAAUCUCGGCUAGGGACCACAUGUGAGUAGAGUUGUACGCUGGUUCUCUCCUGUGCCAUGAGUGCUUUUCUCCGGACUCUCCAAUUUUCCUCCUGCAAAAAGCAACACUUUUAAUCCAGCUGUUCUCCGUGGUCAUAUAUGAGUGGUAUGUCACAAAAAGUACAUUGUCCCUGUCGUCAUUGUACAAAUUAAAUAAUUUUGUGCAUUUUUUAUUUAAUAUUCAUGCUAUUUGUAUUCGCUUUUAAUUUUAAGUUGUAUCGGUUGAAGUAAGCAUAGCGUAGCAGAGCCUGUUAUUUAACGUUGUCUUAAAUAUUUUCAAUUUGUAUGCAUAUAUUUGUUCAAGAAAAAGGUACAUGUAUUUCUUAAUUAAUGCAAGACGCACCAACAUUUCUUUCCUAAUUCUUUCCUGUGUAAGCCGUACUGAACUUAAAAUUUUUAAAAGGAAUUUUAUUGAUCGAGAUUUUGUUUUCCUGUGGAAUUUGUUAUUUGAGCUCCUUUUAUUUUUUAACGAGUUUGGAGAAUUGGUUUCUUAUCUAUAUACAGUUGGAAUUUUCCACUAAUAUUUAAUACGUUGGGUUAUGUGUGUAUAUUAUAUGAGUGUUACAAGUUUCUUCCAUCUCAUUUCUGUAGGAUAUACAAUAAUGUGUGUAUUUUAGCUCUUAGUUCUGAUAUUACUAAGAAAAAAAGAGACAAGAUUUAUGGAUAAUUUUUUUGUUCCUGUUGAAGGAAACAAGGCUAUGGGAUAUAUGUAUAAAUAGGUAGUGUUAGUGGCUUUUUUUCUUCAAAGAUGAUAAAGUGUUUUCAGUGAUAAUGUUGCCAUUUUUCGGAUGUAACUUAAAGUUGAUGGUUCUCAUGACAAGGUUUGACGUCUUGGAUUUUAUUACCUACGUUAGAAUCGUUAGCAUGCAUUGUUCAAUUCAGUAGCCAGAGAUUUUCCCAAGUGUUGGAAUAUUUUGUGAUAUAAAAAAUUGGAAAUUUUGCUUUUCAUAAUGAGGAUGGAUGAUGGUGUAACAUAUCUUAUUAUGAGAACAGAAUUUAAAGUGGCACUCAUGUGCUAGAACAUGUGUAUGUUACUAAUAGAUAAUUAUGUGCACAUAUACUGUGGCGCUUCUGUUUUAGGAAUUGCUACAGUUUUCAGUCAGGAUUUAGAAGGACCUAUCUUUGUCUGUUUUGCCUGUUCAUUGGAAAAAAAUUCUUUAAGACGAACAUGCAAAAGAAUUAUUCUUCACUUGCAGAAGAGUAGGUUUAUCUAACAUUUGUUGUUAGUCCAGACCUUUGCCUUUUCAAGGAAUCCAAAUUAUCAAUAUUAAGUUGCUCAAUACUUUAAUGUACUGGUGGUAGGAAGAUUUCAACCCUUGAUGUAACUUUUUAAAUUGUGUUAUUAGUCCUUGAUAAAAUCUCCGCAUUCGUUUGGUAUGGUUUCACUUAAUUCAUCAGGACCCAAUCGAAAAGAACCUCUAUACAAGCAUGUAAUGUGCAGACGUCAAACACUGAUUAUACCGCCUAAAGCAUCAUUGUUGUCAUUUUUUUUUAUUAAACCUCCCCUUUCCCAAUUCAUUUAGUUUGAAUUGGUAAACAUGAAUCAUAAUUGGUUCUAAACUGCCUUUUUAAUUUCCUUAUUGGACUGUAUUUCCUUUAAAAUGCCUGCCAUAUCUUGAAGUUGUUUACAGGGUUUAAGCAGGUCGACCCAUAUUUUGUUAUUUUCUAAUUUUUUUUGCUGAUGGAAUUUCUGCUUGUAUUUUCUUUCUAUGGAUGUUGUACUGCGAUGUAAUAAUUUGCACCAUAUUUGAUUCCGAGUUAAUUUAGAUGUAGUGGAGACUUAAAUAGAGCAUUUGCAUCUUGCAAUAUUGGUUUGACAUCAUGUAAUUGCCAGCUUUUUGCCACUAAUUUGCCAAUAAUGGGAUCAGGUUGAAAUACAGAGUUUCUUAAUAACAACAAUCAAGUGAACAUUUGUAAUUCGUACAAAUUCUCAAAUAGAUGUAGUUUUGUGUCAUGUAGUUCAUCCAAGUAAUUUUAGUAAAUUUCAACAAUAAAAGUUUACCGUAUGUACAUUUAGUAAGAACGUUUGAUAAAAGAAUGUUGUUAAUAUUUUUCUGUAACUAAUUAAACGUAGCGUUUAUGUGAGACACAUAAAUGGUAUGUGUUUGUAUUCUUACAAAAACAAGUCAACCCAACCGUAGAAUUGGGGAUGGAAAAAAAACACCCCUACUUCCAGAUAGUCUGUCUUGAAACAGUGAUUGUAUCUUAAUGUUUUGGGAUGUACUAUUUGUGUUCAGUAGGCGUUUAGAGGGGUGUUUUUUUUCUCUUUUCUCCGGAAGAGUUCAAGUAGUUCUACUGCCGUGUGUUAUAAGCAGGGUAUAUAUGCUGUUCAUAAUUAUAUUAUAGCCAACACAAUGAUGGAAAUAAUUAUUCAUGAUUGUUAGUACAUUGUUAUGCAAAACGAAUCAUGCUACGAAUUGGGAGUUAUAUUAUGCCGUAAGGACAGUUCUGAACGGCCAUGUUUUUAACACAAUAUUUGGAGUAUAAUGUCUUGCCAUGUGCAUAUUAUUGAAGGAUUGCGGUGUUACUAUAUAUAUUUUGUUGCGUCACUAAUAACUUUGCACUUAUGGGAAGUUUUUUACUGGUUUGUAAGUCAAAUUCUCUAAAAGUACACGUAUUACUAUUUUUCGCAUGGACGUUUACAGGUGUAUUACUGGUUAAUAUGAAUAGUUUGGACUAUUUUCACAUGUUGAAUUAUUCGUUAGGUAUUUUGUGACGGUCAAAUGUGGUAGAAUUGUAAUACAAGAGUUUUUCAUGCUCUAAAGGAUAAUCGUGAGCAUUUUUAGAAUUCUGAAGGUAAUUAGGUCUUCCAAAACAAGCUACCGGUAAUGAUGUUGCACUUGUCAGAAGAAAAUUGCAUUGUAUCGUAUGUCAUGUACUCGAAAAACAAAUACUGUACAUGGUCACACGGUUCUCUGUACGUUCCACGCAUUUUAGUAUAGAGCAUUGCUGUAUUGAAUCCAUUUAACAGAAUCUGAAUGUCGCAUUACUUCUACUACUAGCACAGUAAAUAAUCGCCUAGGUGACAGUUUAAUUGAACUGCUCACGAGUUGGGAAAUAUCUCUUUACAUCAAGACGAGAAACAUUACAUAAAUUUUGCCAGGCCAAAUUUAUGAACUUGGUGACUGAUGCCCGCCAACGGUUGUUCAGUGCAUGCGAGGUACAUGUACAUGUAGUUAUUGAUAAUAAUAUCGUGUAGGGUGUAUAUAACUGUGUGCUACCAAACUGUUAAUCAUAUCCUACCAAUGAUGUGCUGUAUCCGUAUGUAAUGAUAUGUCAUUAAAUACAUUGUGUAUAUGAAGCCGAGCUGUAGGGAACCAUGCGAAUUAUCCAAUAAAGUUGAAAGCUUCGCCUUAAA